UGAUUUUCUAUGUAAAUCUAUGUAAAUCUCUCUCUCUCUCUCUCUCUCUCUCUCUCAUCUAUUUUUUCCUAUUUUCUUUCUUUCUCUCUUUCUUUCUUUCUUUUUUUCUUCGUCCGUUUCAGCUGCUUUAUGCCUCCCCAACCCACACGAGCCCGGGGGCGUCUCGGGAGCAGCGCCCCCGCCGCCCCCACCCCGGAGGAGAAAUUAAACAAACUGAACAGGGCGAUUUCUGCCAUUAUGGAGGAUGACAUGAGAACGGUCGUGUCUUGCAUCCCCGGUCACAUCGAAGUCGGGAAGGUUUACGACAUCGUACUUAACGCCUCGGACUCAAGUGAAGGUAUUAGGAAGCAAGUCAGGGCGUCUCUUCUGCAUGUUGCGCUCCACCACCGCGCCUUCCAGUGUGCCAAGCUCCUCCUCCACCUCGGGGCGCCGGUGGAAGCUAGCGAGAGUGACUUAGGGGAUACGGCGCUACACUGUGCUGCCAGAUUGGGCGGACACCCCUUCGUCACCCUCCUCCUUCAGUACGGGGCCUCACCAUGCUCGCUUAAUGCCGCUAAUGACACGCCCUUACACCUGGCGGCUGAGAGGGGGCGCGUCCACUCCGUCUGUGCCUUGCUAGAGAGCGGCGCGUCCCCCUCGGCGAAGAAUAGGUACCAAGAGACACCGUGGGACAGGGCAGUCUUGGCGGGCACUCCUUCGUCCCUUGUGUGUGCUGACCUCAUCCUGACGAAGCACCUACAGGAGAAAGACUGAGGAGGAGGAGGAGGAGGAGGAGGUGGAGGAAGAGGAGGAGGAGGAGGAGGAGGGAAAAUAUAAAUGAGGUAGAAAUUAAAAAGAAAUGGAAGAGGAGGGAUAUAGGAUUGGUAUAUACGGAAGGAUCAGAGAGAGAGAGAGAGAGAGAGAGAGAGAGAGAGAGAGAGAGAGAGAGACAAAGGAGAUAAGAAGAAAAGGAGGAAAUUUGUAGGAAAGGAAAGGGAGAGAAGAAAAAGGGGAAGAAGAGGAGGGGAAAAAAUAUGAAGGAAAGAGAAAGAAAGGAAGAAGAGAGAGAGAGAGAGAGAGAGAGAGAGAGAGAGAGAGAGAGAGAGAGAGAGAGAGAGAGAGAGAGAGAGAGAGAGAG